CUUCCUCACCUGGCUGCUGUGGUACACUGGUAGAUUCUCUAAAGCCUGAGCUCACCUCUCAUCUGAGUUGAACCUAUAGUGCAGUCAUGGGGGAUGCAGAGAUGUCUGUGUUUGGGGCCGCAGCCUCGUACCUGAGGAAGUCGGAUAGGGAGCGAAUGGAGGCCUCCACGCGUAUCUUCGACAUAAAGAAGGAAUGCUUUGUCCCAGAUCAAGUGGAAGAGUUUGUGAAGGCAACCAUCACCAGCCGAGAUGGAGACAAGGUCACUGUGGAGACCCAGAAUGGGAAGACUGUGAUUGUCAAGGACUCUCAGAUUCUGCAACAGAAUCCUCCAAAGUUUGACAAGAUCGAGGACAUGGCCAUGCUGACCUUCCUCCACGAACCAGCCGUGCUGUUUAACCUCAAAGAGCGUUAUGCAGCAUGGAUGAUCUAUACCUACUCUGGGCUGUUCUGUGUGACUGUCAACCCCUACAAGUGGCUGCCAGUCUACAACCAGGAAGUGGUUAUUGCCUACAGAGGAAAGAAGAGGAGUGAAGCUCCUCCUCAUAUCUUCUCCAUCUCUGACAAUGCCUACCAGUACAUGCUGUCAGAUCGUGAGAACCAGUCAAUUCUGAUUACUGGAGAAUCUGGUGCAGGAAAGACUGUCAACACGAAGAGAGUCAUCCAGUAUUUUGCAAGCAUUGCAGCUGGAGGCAGUAAGAAGGAGAUUGCCAAAGACAAGGGUACCCUGGAGGAUCAAAUCAUUCAGGCUAAUCCAGCUCUGGAGGCCUUUGGUAACGCAAAAACCAUCAGGAAUGACAACUCCUCUAGAUUUGGUAAAUUCAUCAGAAUUCAUUUUGACACCAGGGGAAAGUUAGCCUCCGCUGAUAUCGAAACAUGUAACGGUGUGCUGGAAGGCAUCAGGAUCUGCAGAAAGGGUUUCCCCAACAGAAUCCUCUACGGAGAUUUCAAACAGAGAUACCGCAUCCUGAAUCCUGUUGCCAUCCCUGAGGGUCAGUUCAUUGACAGCAGGAAGGGAGCAGAGAAACUCCUUGGAUCCUUGGAUAUUGAUCACAAUCAAUACAAGUUUGGACACACAAAGGUGUUCUUUAAGGCUGGAUUACUGGGUCUGCUUGAAGAAAUGAGAGAUGAGCGUCUCUCCAAAAUCAUCACUGCUAUUCAAGCCAGAUCCCGUGGGCUUUUGUCUCGUAUUGAGUUUCAGAAGAUAGUGGAACGCAGGGAUGCUCUAUUGGUGAUCCAGUGGAAUGUCCGAUCCUUCAUGGGGGUCAAGAAUUGGCCUUGGAUGAAGCUGUUCUUCAAAAUUAAACCUCUGUUGAGAUCUGCUGAGGCAGAAAAGGAGAUGGCCAACAUGAAGGAAGAAUUCCUGAAGCUGAAAGAGGCUUAUGCAAAGUCUGAAGCUCGUAGGAAGGAACUAGAGGAAAAAAUGGUUUCACUUCUCCAAGAGAAGAAUGACCUGCAGCUACAAGUUCAAGCGGAGCAAGAUAAUCUGUGCGAUGCUGAAGAAAGAUGUGAGGGGCUGAUCAAAAACAAAAUCCAAAUGGAAUCAAAGGCCAAAGAGCUGACAGAGAGGCUGGAGGAUGAGGAGGAGAUGAAUGCUGAACUGACGGCCAAAAAGAGGAAGCUGGAGGACGAGUGCUCUGAGUUAAAGAAGGACAUCGAUGACUUAGAGUUAAAUGAGAUUGAAGAUCUCAUGGUGGAUGUGGAGAGAUCUAAUGCUGCUGCUGCUGUUCUGGACAAGAAGCAAAGAAACUUUGACAAGGUCCUGUCUGAGUGGAAGCAGAAGUAUGAGGAGUCUCAGUGUGAACUGGAGAGCUCUCAGAAAGAAGCCAGGUCUCUGAGCACUGAGCUCUUCAAACUGAAGAACUCCUAUGAGGAGUCUAUUGAUCAUCUGGAGACCAUGAAAAGAGAGAACAAGAAUCUGCAGGAGGAAAUUUCAGACCUCACUGAGCAACUUGGUGAGGGAGGAAAAACUAUUCAUGAGUUGGAGAAGGUUCGUAAGCAGCUAGAGCAAGAAAAGAGUGAGAUUCACUCUGCCCUCGAAGAAGCGGAGUGUUCUCUUGAGCAUGAGGAGGGCAAGAUUCUGAGAGCCCAGCUUGAGUUCAACCAGAUCAAGGCGGACAUGGAGCGUAAACUCACUGAGAAAGAUGAGGAGAUGGAACAGAGCAAGAGGAACCUACAGAGGGCCGUUGACACCCUGCAGAGUUCUCUGGAGGCAGAGACUCGCAGCAGGAAUGAGGCCAUGCGUCUGAAGAAGAAGAUGGAGGGAGACCUCAAUGAGAUGGAGAUCCAGCUAAGCCAGGCCAACAGGCAGGCAUCUGAGGCCCAGAAGCAACUCAAAUCUGUUCAUGCACAUUUGAAGGAUGCUCAGCUCCAGCUUGAUGACUCUCUGAGACUCAAUGAAGAUAUGAAGGAAAACAUUGCGAUUGUAGAGAGACGCAAUAACCUGCUUCAGGCUGAAGUGGAAGAGCUGAGAGCUGCUCUGGAGCAAACUGAAAGAGGUCGCAAACUUGCUGAGCAAGAGCUGCUGGAUGUUAGUGAGAGGGUGCAGCUCCUGCACUCACAGAACACUAGUCUGCUCAACCAGAAGAAGAAGCUGGAGGCCGAUAGUUCCCAGCUUCAAACUGAAGUGGAAGACGCAGUGCAGGAGUCCAGAAAUGCAGAGGAGAAGGCUAAGAAGGCCAUUACUGAUGCAGCCAUGAUGGCAGAGGAGCUGAAGAAAGAGCAGGACACCAGRGCUCACCUGGAGCGUAUGAAGAAGAACAUGGAGCAAACCAUCAAAGACCUGCAGCACCGUCUGGAUGAAGCUGAACAGAUCGCCUUGAAGGGAGGCAAGAAGCAGAUGCAGAAGCUCGAGGCCAGGAUGAAGGAGCUGGAAAAUGAGGUGGAAAUGGAGCAGAAAAAAAGCAGUGAAGCUGUGAAGGGUAUCCGUAAAUAUGAACGCCGCAUGAAGGAACUUACCUAUCAGACUGAUGAGGACCGCAAGAAUAUUGCCAGACUCCAAGAUCUAGUGGACAAGCUGCAGCUGAAAGUCAAAGCUUACAAGAGAUCUGCAGAGGAGGCUGAGGAACAGGCAAAUGUCCACCUUGGCAAGUUCCGCAAAUUGCAGCACGACCUGGAUGAGGUGGAAGAGCGAGCUGACAUCGCUGAGUCCCAGGUCAACAAGCUACGUGCCAAGAGUCGUGACGUGGGCUCAAAGAAAGGCUUCGAUGAGGAGUGAACCUUUGGAGCCUUCAGAGAUACUUUGUCCUGCUGUGUAUUGUAGAUCCCCUCAACUACCACUAUUCACCAACUGUAGUGCUUAAUAAAAUUUCUUCAAGCUGUUGCAAAUCAUUCUGUUCAUCC